UGCGGCGCCUCAUCAAGUCGAACAAGCCUCUCGUCUUUGACCAGCUAACAGUCUGCAGUGCAGCAUCCUCAAACCCGACCGAUCGGUGUUUUAUCCUUUCGCACAGGCGCUUAGCUUUGGACGUAGGUCUUAUCAAAUAUAAUAUCCGAACUAAUUCUGUGGGUCAGAGCUGUUUAUCUAUCCUCAUCAAAUGGAUAAUGGGGACUGGGGGCAUAGGGUAUGUACAUGGAGUAAGUUGACUCACCCAGUCACCUUAAAUGUUGGAGGUCACCUCUACACCACCUCUAUCUCCACGCUUCAGCAUUACCCAGAUUCCAUGCUGGGUGCCAUGUUCCGUGGCGACUUCCCCACUACGCGGGACUCUCAGGGAAAUUACUUCAUCGACCGGGAUGGGACGCUUUUCCGCUACAUAUUAAACUUCCUACGCACGUCUGAGCUCACGCUCCCUCUCGACUUUACGGAGUUGGACCUUCUGCGUAAAGAAGCUGAAUUCUAUCAGAUUGAGCCUUUAAUCCAAUGCCUCAAUGACCCAAAGCCACUGUACCCACUGGACACCUUUGAACAGGUGGUGGAGUUGUCAAGCACUCGCAAACUCUCCAAGUACUCGAACCCUGUCGCGGUUAUCAUCACCCAACUAACCAUAACCACCAAGGUCCACUCGCUACUCGAGGGAAUAUCCAACAACUUCACAAAGUGGAACAAACACAUGAUGGACACCAGAGACUGCCAGGUGUCCUUCACCUUUGGACCAUGUGACCACCAUCAAGAGGUAUCUUUAAGGGUCCACCUCAUGGACUACAUCGCUAAACAGGGAUUCACUAUUCGAAACACACGAGUGCACCACAUGAGUGAGCGUGCCAAUGAAAACACAGUGGAGCACCACUGGACAUUUUGCCGGCUAGCUUACAAAGUAGAGGAUUGACCAAAUCAUUGUGAGCUGUAGUGCCAUUUGAAUGUGGUUUCUGCUGUUUCCAAUGCUCUUUUAAUCUGUAUGAAAUUCACUGUCUGUUGAGACCAAACUGUUCAAUGAUGAAAAAUAAAAAAGGGAGUAAAAUUAUAUAACACUGAUUACUUUCAUCUGAAAAAAAUGUUUCAAAAAUAAAUUCAACAAACAUUAUAAUGAAUAUAAAUGCAUGUGCAAUGCAUAUACAGAAAAAUAACAUAACCACAAUCAUGUAAAAAUUUACAUACAUUAUAUGUUACAGCUAUACAUUUCAUUGGGUCAGAAUUCUGUCAAGCUUUGUGCACUAUGUGCAACAUCCCGAUAAUAAUGUGCAUGAAUUUGUAACACAUUGUUAAAGUAUUAAAUGUCAACAUGUUGUACGUGGAAAUGUAUUUAACCGAUUUCUUGCACCACUUCACCCCCAAGAAAGGACUUAAAAUGUCAAAGAAAGCAUUCACUACAGUUGACAUCUGGAUUGUGCCCAAUUCCAUAGUUGCCCUGAUUAUCAGAUGAGAGAUUUAAAUCUAUAGUUGUACAGUUUACUUUCACCUUCUUUUGAUAUAAGAUGUGUUCGUCUUUGCGGGACGAGAAGAGUGGAUGCACAUGGCAUAGAUAUGUCAAAAGUUAAGUAUGACUUAUUCUUUAUUUAUAUUUUUCACAUUUUAGGAUGAUAGUAAUCCCAAUAAACCAAUUGUAACACAAAAUAAAUGAACUCUGUUAUGUUCUAGCA